UGCUCAACAGCGAACGUCUGGCAGUGUUGCAUGACGUAACGGCUCCUGUUUGAUUCUCGACUGCUCAGUAGCCAUUUUGUUUUCAUCGAAGGGCUGAAACAGCAAACUUACCGCUCUACAAUGCCUGAGGCUAUCUUAACUGCUGACAAAUUGCAAACUGCGCCAUUCGAUCCAAGAUUUCCCAAUCAGAAUCAAACCAGACACUGCUGGCACAGCUUCGUGGACUUCCAUCGUUGCCAGAAAGCUCGCGGUGAGGAUUACGAACCCUGCCAGUAUUUCAAAAAAGUUUAUACUUCACUGUGUCCCAAUGGGUGGAUCGACAAAUGGAACGAUCAACUUGAAGCAGGCACAUUUGCUGGGCGCAUAUAAAAUGGAUAGAGUGUAUAUAUUUUCGCCCCGACUAGUGAAUUUUUAAUUACACAGUAUGACCUGUGUGCAUAUGAUAGGAUGAAAAAGUACAUGCUAUUCCUGCUCUUUGUAACAUAUUAUUGAUGAUGAUAAUAAUGAAAAUAAAUUAAAACU